GAAGAGCGGCCGGAGCAGCAGUGUGUGCGAGAGGAGUUGUGUCGGGGCCGCGCAGGAAGCGGAUCGGGCGCGCGCGUCUCAGGCAGGCCAGGCAUAGCGAAGGGAGGCCGGUGGCGGAGUGAUCCAGGCGUGCGGGUGCUGCGGCCGGGCCGGGUGAAUGGGAUUGAAGAAGAGUUCAGCUUCUCGGCUUGUUUUUGUGUCACAGUUUCUCUCCUCCUGCGCCUCUUCUGCUUCGUUCCUUUCUUCCCGCCCGUCCCCUCCUCCCGCUGCAGGAGGAGACCCCCAGGGACGGGGGAAGGAAAAGGACCCCUCAGAGGAGAGAGAGAAGAGGAAAGGAGGUGGAGGAGGAGGAGGAGGAGGAAAAGGGAGCCACCAACCAACCAUCUUCCACUCCCAGCUUAGAUUAAAGAAAGUGAGAGGAGGAGGAGGAGAGAGGAGCCAAGAAGAGGGGGACAGGGAGGCCCAGAGGAGCAGCUGCACCACCUUCUCCCUAUGAAGAGGAGUCCUUCCCCCUCAAAGAGAGGUCCUGCCAGGGGGACCCCAGCCAGACAUCAGCAGCAACAUCACCACCACCAGCAGGGGUGGAUAUAGAGCUGAAGACAAUACCUGUUCUCUAAAACUGCAAUAGCGUAAAGAAGAGUUCUUCCCUAAUCCUCCGAAGUAAGCAUCUGAAGGUGGUGGGGAUUUAAUAAUCUUGACAGCUCAAGAAAGUGGAGAAGUUAGAGGAUGGAGUUGCAGACCCUGCAGGAGGCUCUAAAAGUGGAAAUUCAAGUUCAUCAGAAACUGGUAGCCCAAAUGAAGCAGGACCCACAGAAUGCUGAUUUAAAGAAGCAGCUUCAUGAACUUCAAGCCAAAAUCACAGCUUUGAGUGAGAAACAGAAAAGAGUGGUUGAACAGCUGCGGAAGAAUCUCAUGGUAAAGCAGGAACAACCAGAUAGCAAGUUUCAAAUACAGCCAUUGGUGGAAAAUAAAAUACAAACGCCACAGUCACUACAGCUACAGCAACAGCAGACUACUGCACCCUCUCCAAACCUGAUUGGAUCACAGACUUUGACUACGGCAUCUAUGAUCACCACUAAGACACUACCUCUAGUCCUAAAAGCAGCAACAGCAACCAUGCCUGCCUCUGUUGUGGGUCAAAGACCUACAAUUGCCAUGGUGACUGCCAUCAACAGCAGCCAGAAAACUGUCCUCAGCACUGAUGCACAGAACACACCUGUCAACCUCCAGACAACAAAUAAAGUCACUGGUCCAGGAACAGAGGCAGUCCAAAUAGUGGCAAAAAACACAGUCACAUUGCAGGUUCAAGCUACACCUCCUCAGCCCAUCAAAGUGCCACAAUUUAUCCCUCCUCCUAGACUCACACCUCGUCCAAAUUUCCUUCCACAGGUUCGACCUAAACCGGUUGCCCAGAAUAACAUCCCUAUAGCCCCAGCCCCACCUCCUCCUAUGCUUGCUGCUCCUCAAUUGAUUCAGAGGCCUGUGAUGUUGACCACAAAGUUCACCCCCGCCUCCUUACCCUCCUCACAGAACUCCAUGCACCCAGUCCGUGUUGUGAAUGGGCAAACAGCAACCAUAGCCAAAACUUUCCCAAUGGCUCAACUCACCAGCAUUGUUAUAGCAGCCCCAGGUACCAGGCUUCCUGGACCUCAGACUCUGCAGAUCAGCAAACCAAAUGUUGAGAAACAGACUAUCAAGGCCCAAGCAGAAGUAGUGGAGAAGCCAACAGAAACUCGUACAGUUACCCCUCCCGCACCACCCAAGCCAAAACGAGAAGAAAACCCACAGAAGCUUGCCUUCAUGGUGUCUCUUGGAUUGGUUACACACGAUCAUCUAGAAGAAAUACAAAGUAAGAGACAAGAGAGGAAACGAAGAACAACAGCAAAUCCAGUGUACAGUGGAGCAGUUUUUGAACCUGAGCGCAAGAAGAGUGCGGUCACAUAUCUGAACAGCACAAUGCAUCCUGGGACACGCAAACGAGGUCGUCCUCCUAAAUACAACACGGUGUUGGGGUUUGGGGCUCUGACCCCCACAUCCCCUAUAUCCAGUCAUCCUGACUCCCCAGAAAAUGAAAAGACAGAGACCACAUUUCCUUUCCCUGCAACUGUUCAGCCUGUGUCCUUGCCCAGCCCCAGCUCCACAGACGGUGAUAUCCAUGAAGAUUUUUGCAGUGUUUGCAGAAAAAGUGGGCAGUUACUGAUGUGUGACACAUGUUCACGUGUGUAUCAUCUGGACUGUCUGGACCCGCCUCUGAAAACUAUUCCCAAGGGCAUGUGGAUCUGUCCCAAAUGUCAAGACCAGAUGCUAAAGAAGGAAGAAGCAAUUCCGUGGCCAGGAACUUUAGCAAUUGUUCAUUCAUAUAUUGCAUACAAAGCAGCAAAAGAAGAAGAAAAACAGAAAUUACUGAAAUGGAGUUCAGAUUUAAAACAGGAGCGGGAACAGCUAGAACAGAAGGUCAAACAGCUCAGCAGUUCUAUAACAAAAUGUAUGGAAAUGAAGAACACUAUCCUGGCAAAACAGAAGGAAAUGCACAGUUCAUUGGAGAAGGUAAAACAGUUAAUCCGCCUCAUCCAGGGCAUCAACCUUUCAAAACCAAUAAACUCUGAGGGCAGUUCAUUAGCCAUCUCUAAUGGCAUGGACUCUGCUAAUAAUGUGAAUGCUGCCACCUCCACCCCAGCCUCUUCCACCUCCCAGAGCUGCAUGGUGAACUGUAACAAGGCUGAGGAGACUAAAUAACACAGCACAGUCAGAAGGAGCCCGGGGGGGAAGGCGGCAAGGAGACAGAGCAAAACAAUAAAACUCUCUAGAAAAGCAAAGCUGGAUUUCUUCUGGAAUGUGCUGAAUGAACUCUGUGGUUCCAGAAAGAGAGUGAAGAUGCUUGUGCCAGGCGGCACCAGAGUUGCCAAUUGAUCCUCCUUAUUCUGUGUGUACGUGCAAAGUUUGGACCAUGUUACAUGAAUAGUGCCAGCUGGAGGUUCUUAGCCAGCACCAUGCCAAGUUAAAUAAUAUAUUUACUCUCUAUAUAUUUUACACCAGUGUGUGCCUGCAGCAGCCUCCACAGCCACUAUAGGUUUGUUUUAUUUUUAUUUGAGGGUGGGGAGCAGGGAGGAGGAGCAGGUUUCAAAUCCUAUCUGCAGACCGGUUUGUUUAGCUAGGGAAUGUCAAGUCCAAAGAGCCUGUGGGCUUUUCCUGUUUCUAAAUUAUCUGUACUACUAAACCAAAAAUCCAGAAAUACGAAUGAACAAGUCCUGGUGUCCUGAGACGGGUGGGCAGGAACAAGCCUAUCAAAUAAGCAGUAUUCAUUAUUGGCUAGAUGGGAGACACAAAAAGGAACGGGGAAGGCUUUUUUCACUACGUAUCCAGCACAUAAGUUUCAGAUGGGGAUUGCUUGACUGGCAGAUUUUUGGGUUCUCUCCUGUUUUUAUAAAUUGACAAAUGAAAUGCAUUGCUGAUUUGGUCAUCAAGUUUAUUCAGGAAGCCUUUGCUGAAGAAAGGGGGGCAGGGACUAAUGGGAUCACCUUGGGUGUUUGGAAGAACGUGCCAUGAUUGGAAAAAACCUUGGUUUAUACAUUGAUCAAGCAAACGUGAUAUCCCAAACAACGCAGCACAUGUCCCAGGCAUCCGACCCAAGCAGACAAAUGCCUGUUUCCUUCGUUUCCUUUCUCCUUGGGUUACAAAUGUAAGGAAUAGAAAAGCUGUUUUUUUCAGGCUGACAGUCCAAUUAAAAGAGGUAGAUGGGACCUUGCAUGGUAUAGAUUAGAAGUAAUAGUGUCAGUGAGAUACAGUGAGUCUUUGUGAGUCCGUGUGUCAUCGUUUUGGGCACUGUUUUUUAUGCAAGGGCAAAAUCUUUGUAUCUGGGGGAAAAACAACUUUUUUAAAUUAAAAAGAAAAAACCGAUAUUGAGGUCUUCCUAGUGUUACUUAAAAUAAGAUCAAGGUAAGAAACAUUGUAAAAAUUACAAAAGUGCUAUUUGUUUCCUAAACAAGUGAUUUCUAUUAAAAAGGUGUCAGAACUGGAGAAAAUACUGUGUACUUAGAAUUUUUUAACACAGAUCUUGCUUAUGAUGUUGCCAUUCUACUGUGUUUCUGUUUGAAAGUGCAUAGGGGUUGCUGUCCGGCGAUUAUGUCCAGUCGACAGACUUUCCUCUAGUGGAGCAAACUGUCAUUCUUGUUUCUGUCAUUCUGUUACCUCACUUAAUUUUCUCGUGUCCUUAGAACUAGGAGCAGGCGGGGGGAAGCACUGGCAGCAUUAUUUAUCAACAGUUGUCUUCUAUUGUAUUACAGAACCACAGAUUGACAGGUAUGUGAACACCAAGGAAUUUCAUCUUGAGGUUUGGCUGGAAUAGGGUAGCUUGUCUGAUUUAGGCAGAUUGCCAUAAUUUCAAUAUUAUAAGAAAAAUUGGUGCCAGACAUCAAAUGGAUGAGGAUGAAAUAUAUCCUUUUGCAUAAAUGAGUACAAUAAGCCAACAGUUUAUACCCAUUUAAAUCCUUGGGAGCAUUCCUAAUUGCCCACAGUCACUCCUGCACGACCAAGAUCCACAUAAGCAGAACUCCUCUUUCAGUAACAGAUGUAGCCAACUAGAUCUCCUGUAACAGGAGUGACGUCUUCUAACAACCCUAUUGUAAAGAACUAUGCAUCCCAAAGCACUUUAUAUACCUACUCCUCUGAAUCUCAUUCUUAACCCAUCUACAUUAUUGUGGCCAUUCCUUGACUUUCUUCUAGUCUUUGUUCCUUCUCCUUAAGAACUCUUUCAACUUCAGUGACACGCUUUGUGUUCACUGUUUUUAAAAUCUGGCUGCUGAUCUUCUGUUUUUAUGUUCAUUAGUUAAGAAGGAUCCUUGUUUGGUAGCCCUGGCUUUACAUUGGAAGAAGGCAGGUUUUAUCAUCACCUCCUGCUUUCUUUUUGCAGUCUGUUUGUCAGUUAAAACUUGAAGGCAGCCAGUUGGAGACUUUCAAAACUGCUCAGAGAAAAUACAGCGUACAGCCUAAAAUACUGUUGAGGCCAAACGUUUGGUGUGUCUGUACAAUUUGUGGUGCAUCAAGCCAAACACAGCCCACCAGCCAGGUAUGGAAGCACAUCAAGUGCUCAGUUAAACCACCAGAUUUGGUUGCAGAAAUGAGGGGAUAGCAACAAAAUAUGUCCGGGGGGCUGCAUGGGAUUAUUUCAAGAGUACUAGGUGAAGCAUAAUGUUUCAAGUGAACGGCAGGUAAAGGAAGAACCUCUUUUCUGAACCAGUUACCUAUAGUUGUUUCCUGUGGCAACAGCAGGUUAGUAAACUAUGCCAAGUUCCAGCCAGCUGGGCUUGCAGUUCUCAUGUGCCCUUCCUUAUCCUCAUCUCACACUCUCAUGUGCACACGCAUGCAUCAUUGUUGUGUGUGUUUUCUUGUACUACUGGGAGCACCAUUUCAUUCAGGAUGGCAAAAUAUUUAUGAAUUCAUGAGUUGGCCAUGAUGCCCAGUCAUCCUGUGAUGGCAAGUGCAGAACUUGGGGAGCAGCCAAAAAUGGCCUCCUCCCUAUCAACUUCUCCCCCAAUUUCAUGUGCAGUACAACUUGAUGGUGUUUCAAAUCAGUUAUGCUCUGCUGCUCUAUGUUAUGUGGGGAGGGGGGAGAAGCGCUACAUGGGGCUGCUGUAUCUGAUGGCAGCUCCAACUUUAGUGCACCUCAUAGUCCAUGCUUAGGUAAGGUUGAACUGUGUGUUACUAUUUGAAAGCAGUGCCCCAGUGAGGAGGCAUUACCACAGGGAGUGUUAGAAUAUAACUUUUUUUUAAUUGAUUGCACAUUUUAGUACAAUGAAAUUUACCCAUGUGUUGGAAGUCUGCUUCAGAUUGAGCCAAGAUCAUGCAAAGGCAUUUGUCUCUUUUGCCUUUUGGUUAUUUGGCUCAUAUGGCUGUUGACAUGAAUAAUAAUUUUGCUGAGCCCACAACCCUGGAGUGCAGUGGUUUUUUAAAUAGCCUGCUAUUUUGUGAACUGUCUAGUUUUACAGUCCCUCUGAUAUUGUGUGCUCUCUCCUCUUCUGUUCUAGAAUCACAACUGGCCAAGUUAAAGGGGGAAUAAACAGUACACAGCUAUUUAUUUUUCCUAUAAAUGCAAUGCAGAUAAAAUAUUGUUUUUGAUUCAGCUUUUUGCAAUAUAGUACAAAAAACAAAGUCUAUCUUGGCUGGAAGGACCACUGUAUACACUGAUUAAACAUAACGUUUAUAAGUAUAAUGCCUUAUAGCUUGUCUCUCAUCUUAGAGAGAUUUUUAAAAAUAAUACUUUGAAGUUAUUAUUUUAUGAUUGAUCAAACUACAUAAGUAAUAUUUUUGAUCAUUCAGUUUGGGGCUUAAAAUUUGGAAAAUAUUAAUUUAACCUGCAGAUUCUAAAACUUUUUUAAAAGUUGGCAAAUUAAGGCAUCAAAGUCAAAAGAAGACACUGGUAGCUCCAGUAUAAUCUGUUAAGUAGACCCAACUUUCCUUCUUUACUGCUAAUGAACUAUAGAAGUAGAAAUGUUGUCAUCCUUUACUGAGAUUGCCCCAUGGUGUUGUACAUCCUGUACUGAGAUUGCCCCAUGGUGUUCUGUGCUCAACUAUGGCCCCUUCCGCACAUGCAGAAUAAUACAUUUUCAAUCCACUUUCACAAUUGUUUGCAAGUGGAUUUUGCUAUUUUGCAUAGUAAAAUCCAGCUGCAAAGUGCAUUGAAAGUGGAUUGAAAGUGCAUUAUUGUGCAUGUGCAGAAUGAGCCUAAGUGCAGAUAAAUAGUUGUGACUAUUUAAUUGGCAGCUAAAGAAACAUCUAGAAAUAUCAUUUGUGCUAUGAGACAACAUGCUUCAUAGAAUCCUAGAUGACUAGUUUCUUCCAAGUGCAAUUCUAAUCUUGAUCAUUUACAUCGUCCUCCAAAACAUUCUGCCUGCUGUACUUUUUAAUUUGUGGUGACAUGUUGUGUAACCAUAGGAGUACCCACAGUAACACUCUUUUUCCAAACCUGAAGCUAGCCUAACAGGACUGGGGAUUAUCAUCUGCAGAAGAAGCAAUGCCCUCCCCCUUGCAGCAAUGGGAUUGGGAAAUCCUGCAGUUUGGACUGCAUUAGGUUAAGCACAAAUGCAAGCACUACAAAAAAAAGGGGGGGGGAUCCUUAGUUUUCCAAGAUUGAUUGCAGCUUUGUGCUAAAGCUAUAUGUUGCACCUCUAAGGUACCUGCAAAAAAGUCUGCAGGCAGAGCACAAAAGCGAAAGGGCUAAACUCAAAAACUGUAACAGCAGAUUCUUCCAGUCAACUGGGGAUAUUUUUUGUUAAAAGCUUUAUAAUGGCCCACAAGUGUUAAAUAUUUCUUUGCAACUCCAAACUAUUCCCCAGUAAGUUAGCUGUUAAUUACCAUCUGCAUCAGCCUUGGCAGCUUCUAAUGUUAAUUAUUAUUGUUGUUAAUAGCUAAUUUCAGCAUUUUAUCCUCCCCCUUUUUCUCCAUGCCAGUACUUGCUCUGCCUGAGUUUCAUACUCUGCCUUUUUGCCUUUUAUUCUUGGUAACCUGUAUAAUUUCACUACAAAGUUGCUGUCCACCAUCCUCCGCCAACCAUAUCUGGUCUACCUGCAGCAUAUCCACUGUACCUAAUGGUGAGUCUACUCUUACCACACCUUAACACCUGUAUACCUUUCCAUUAAAACCCUGGUGCUACAGGAAAGGGCCGUGCUCAGAGUCGUGAACUUCAAUGAAAAUCAGGCUGCACUUUUCAUUUACGGCUGCUGUUUCACGUUCCAUCUGGGCUGAACAUAGCAAGGAUACCCUGCUGUAUCCUUCCUCCUAUAUAUUCAACCAUUUCAGCAUUGAAGCCCAUCUUUAACAUACUCGCCCCCACUUAAUUCCAAACACAUGAUACAAUCACACAACAGGUAGAGAAGAAUCUGAUAUUAUGCCUCCCCACCCCCAAUAAGUAUCAAAGUCAGGAAAGCCCACAAGGUCAGCCAGGGACAAGGAGCACAAGCCAACAACUAAGAAAUAUACCAUUAUAAGGAACAAACCAAAGGUCAGAGUCCUGGAGAAAUCCUCUCCAUCAUUGAGUGACCAAUGCCUUACUGUCCUACUGCUCCUCUCAGCAUGAACACAGAGAAACAGGAGUCCUGACUUUGGCCCACUAUGCAUAUAUGCAACCAGCAGCAGGUCAUUCCCAAAAGCAGAAAAAAAUGUUAGCUCAGGACCUAGCAAGUGUGGCAGGAGACUCACCUGAGGGCCCUGACCCAAGUGUUGAACACACUCAUGGAAAACACAGUCUCUGUCAACUUCUUUUAACACCAUCAGGCCAAUGGAAACUCAAAAGAGCCUCUUAUUUUGACAUCCUAGGUACAGUUACACUUGGAAACUGUAUGUCACGUUGGUCGUAAUAGAACUGUCACCUACUGAAAAGUCUAUCUUGCUUUCUGGAUCUGUGUUCAAUGUCACAUCCAUCUGUGGUAAAUUUUGUCACUUCAUUCCAUCUAGCAGUAGCAGACAAACUGCUUUGGGCUGCCUGCCAGACAGUUACCCAUUCCUGUGGCAAGGGCAGCCAUGGCUGCUUAUGUCAGAAUAAGUUUUAUUGUGUGGAAUAGAUCCCUGGGGAGAGCUGUAGAUGAGAAGAAGUUUCUGCCCUAAGUGCAAAAAGGUCUGAAUGGAAAGAGAUGGCCUUUGACUUUACGGCAGAGGUCUUCCACCUGGCUAUUGAGUUCCACGAAGGAGCUCAACCUCACAAGUGGUCAUGUUUAUGCUGAAGCUUCUAUAGCCUAAAUUCCCACAUUGUUAGUAAGGCCUUCUUUCCAUGAUUUGGGUGCAGCCGUACGUUCACAGAGCAACACACUGUGAAUAGCGUGUGGCUGCAUGACUUUAUUUGGUUGGAGGGGUUUUUUUUCUUGGCCGGGGAGGGGGGCGGGCAGGGCAGGGGAGGUGUUAAAAAAUAGGCUGGUUCUCAUCGUGAUUUGCAAUCUCUUUGCUGCCUUCUUUCUGUAGCCUUCCAGUCCCUUGUGGGUUCAGUACUAUUGUGUUUAGAUUUAGUCUAUUAAAGUGGGAAGAAAAGAAGGGGGUGCAGAGUAAAUGAUUAAUUUGUAUUUAUUUAACAUUUUAUUAAAUAAAACAAUAAAAUUU